AUGAGCAACAAAAAGGGGAAGAGCGCUCCAGCGAAACAAGUUAAUCCCAUUGUUGCCGAAUUUCAGGCAAGCUGCAAAGCAUUGAAUUUUGCAGAAGAAGAUAUAAUGACUGAUAUCGGUAAUUCGUUAAAUCAAUCUGAAACACAAAUUCGUUUAACUCAUAAAAAUAUUUCGCCAGCUCUAGGAAAAGUAUUACUUCGUUUAUUCCAACGCUAUCAAAGAUUACAAGCUAUUACUUUGUUUUCAUGCGUUAUUUUAGAUCCUGCUUUUCUUAAGCAGUUAGGAACAGAUCUUGUUAAAUCACCAGUCACUAGUUUAUCAUUUGAUUACAGUCCAAUACAAAGAGAAGCAUUAAUUCCUUUCUUAAAUCUUCCAUCGUUAGAUGUACUUUCUCUUCGCGGAAAUCAAUGCUUAACUCCAUACGAUUAUGUUAAAAUGACUCAAAAUCCUUUCCCACAGACAUUAAAUACGUUUUUCAACGCAUUAACAACUUCAAAUCUCAAAGUCUUAAAUCUUUACGGUUGUCAUCUUGGUGAUGAUGGUACUAUAGCUCUUGCAAAUGCUCUCUACUUUAAUACAAGUCUCAAAUGUCUUUGUUUAUCAAGAAAUAAAGUCGGAGAUGCCGGUGCAAACGCUUUAGCUUCUGCCCUUAGCUAUUAUACACUUUCUGAAGCAGAGACAGCCAUUGUUGACCGCCUCAUGAACGAAGAAUCCAAGCAGAGAAUAUCAGAUGAAGGUGGUUCGUUAGUUAAGCGCAAGAAAGGCCAAAAAGCGCCACCAAAGAAGGCUCCUCCGAAGACAAAUAAGAAAGGACAGCCUAGCAAAGCACCAACAGAGAGAUUACUUAAUUUCGACCCAACAACUCCAGUAAUGGCAGCAGUUUUAGCUAAAUGGAAUACAUGUGUUACUAAAGAGAAUGGAACACGUGUUCUUCCUGGUAAUACUACACUUUCUACUCUUAUUCUCGAUGAAAAUCAGAUUACAGGAAGCGGAGCUGCCCGCCUUGGAGAAAUGUUAAAGGAAAAUGCACAUAUAGUUCAUUUUACUAUUGCUAAUAAUCCAGAAAUAGAGCCUGCAGAAGAAAAGUCGUUGACUCGUGUUAUUCAAGAAUAA